UAACUGCAAAAACAUCUUUGUGGUGUUGAUCCGAUUGAAGCUCAGCCAUGGCGGACGUACAGCAAGGAUCAGUCUCAGUCUCAGCCAUAGAAAAAUCCCUUGUGGCUCUCUUUGUGGUUGUGGUGGGUGCUGUGGUGGUCAAUAAGCUUAGAGGGAAGAAAUUCAAGCUUCCACCUGGUCCUUUGGUGGUGCCCAUUUUUGGAAACUGGUUGCAAGUGGGUGAUGAUCUGAAUCACAGGAAUCUCACUGAUUUGGCCAAGAAAUUUGGGAAAAUCCUUUUGCUCAAGAUGGGUCAGCGGAAUCUGGUUGUUGUGUCUUCCCCUGAUCUUGCCAAGGAGGUUUUGCACACUCAGGGGGUCGAAUUCGGGUCUCGAACUCGCAACGUGGUGUUUGAUAUCUUUACUGGCAAGGGGCAGGACAUGGUGUUUACUGUGUAUGGUGAACAUUGGAGAAAGAUGAGGAGGAUUAUGACUGUUCCUUUUUUCACUAAUAAGGUUGUUCAGCAGUAUAGAUUUGCUUGGGAAGAUGAGAUUCGACGAGUUGUGGAGGAUGUGAGAUUGCGCCCUGAGGCCUCUACGUCUGGAAUUGUUAUACGUAGACGGUUGCAGCUCAUGAUGUAUAACAUCAUGUAUAGGAUGAUGUUUGAUAGAAGGUUUGAAAGUGAGGAUGACCCCUUGUUUGUUAAGCUCAAGGCAUUGAAUGGUGAGAGGAGUCGCCUUGCCCAGAGCUUCGAGUACAACUAUGGUGAUUUCAUCCCCAUUCUUAGGCCCUUUCUUAGAGGGUACUUGAAGCUGUGCAAAGAGAUCAAGGAGACUAGGCUCAAUUUCUUCAAGGAGAACUUUGUCGAAGAGCGCAAAAAUAUUGCUAGUACCACAACAACCACCAUGAAAAACGGAGAUCUCAAGUGUGCCAUGGACCAUAUCUUGGAUGCCCAGAACAAAGGAGAGAUCAAUGAGGACAACGUCUUGUACAUUGUGGAGAACAUAAACGUUGCAGCGAUAGAGACAACACUGUGGUCAAUCGAGUGGGGCAUUGCAGAGCUGGUGAACCACCCACGAAUCCAGAAGAAGGUGCGAGAAGAACUGGACAGCGUGCUGGGUUAUGGAGUCCAAAUCACGGAACCAGACAUUGUACGACUUCCUUAUCUGCAGGCGGUGGUAAAGGAAACCCUGCGCUUACGCAUGGCGAUUCCAUUGCUGGUGCCUCACAUGAACCUCCAUGACGCCAAGCUUGGCGGCUACGACAUACCCGCGGAGAGCAAAAUCCUUGUGAACGCCUGGUAUUUGGCCAACAAUCCAGCGGAAUGGAACAAACCAGAGGAAUUCCGGCCCGAGAGAUUUCUGGAGGAAGAGAAGAAAACGGAGGCCAAUGGCAACGAUUUCAGGUACCUUCCUUUUGGCGUGGGCCGCCGGAGCUGCCCGGGCAUUAUUCUGGCGCUGCCCAUUCUGGGUCUUACUCUUGGACGCCUUGUUCAGAAUUUAGAGCUUCUUCCUCCCCCAGGGAAGACCCAAAUUGAUACUACUGAGAAGGGUGGACAAUUCAGUCUUCAUAUUUUGAACCAUUCGCUCAUUGUCGCCAAGCCCAGAGUGUUCUAGAACGUUUCUUCUAUGGAAUGUAGUACGAGACUUUAUGAAUGAAUGAAUGAAGCCAGCCAGUGACUUUGUGGA